UGUGAUGUUUUCGGAUUUCGGCUUUCAGUGUUGUUUGCAUUUUCCGCGGAGCUGGAGUUUUUCCAACAGCAAGUAUACAGUAUAUAUAGUAAAAGUCUCGGUAGACAUGUUAAAUUGUUGAAUAAAUUCGACUAAGCGGUUUUUAAAGUUAUUUUGAUUCAGUUACCCGGAAUGAGUGGAGCACAGCGGAAUCUGGAUCGCAAGAUCGUUGUCAUUGGAGCAGGUGCCUCGGGCGUUGCCUGUGCCACCAAACUCCUGGAACUGGGCUUCCAGAAUGUGCUCGUCGUGGAGGCCGAGGAUCGUGUAGGUGGUCGCAUUCACACCAUUCCCUUUGCGGACAACGUGAUCGAUCUGGGCGCCCAGUGGUGUCACGGGGAACAGGAUAACAUUGUUUACGAACUGACGCGCAAGCAGGAGGAGGAGCUGCUGGAGUCCACGGGACCGGUCUAUGAUAACUACGAGUGCGUCCGUUCCAAUGGAGAAGUGGUCCCGGAACAGGUGGCCAGUCGCCUGAAAGCCAUUGUGGGUGAUUCACUGGUCACCCGGCAGUUGGAGCUGCGUCACUGCAGCGGCUCCUUGGGCAGCUAUCUGACCAACAAGUUCUACGACACUCUGCGGCGUCCGGAAAACUCCGAUAUUGAUGCUGACGUGGCCAGGGAGUUCUUUGUAAAUUACCAGAAAUUCGAAAACUCCGUCGAAGCCUCGGAUACGCUGGAACAGGUGUCGGGACGUGGUUACCUUGACUACUGGGAAUGCGAGGGCGACAUCCUGCUCAACUGGAAGGACAAAGGAUUUGUGGAGCUCCUAAAACUGCUCAUGCGUUCCAAGGAGUUGAAGGUGGAGCACGGAGUUCUGGAGAAAAGACUACUUCUGGCCACUCGGGCCACAAAGAUCAAUUGGAAUCGGAACGAUGGUCGCGUGGAGCUGCACUUGAGCAAUGGAGAUAGCUUAAUUGUCGACCAUGUGGUGGUCACCGUUUCCCUGGGCGUUCUCAAGGAUCAGCACUUCCAGCUGUUUGACCCACAACUUCCGGUGGAGAAACAGCGUGCCAUUGAUGGUUUGGCUUUUGGAACAGUCAACAAAAUCUUUGUGGAGUUUCCCGAGGUAUUUUGGCCCGAGGAUUGGACGGGUUUUACGCUGCUCUGGAGGGAUGAGGAUUUGGAUGACAUACGUGGCACCUCGAGAGCCUGGUUGGAGGAUGUCUUUGGCUUCUAUAGGGUAAGCUAUCAGCCGAGGAUUCUAGCGGGUUGGAUAACCAAUGAGAAUGGCAGGCAUAUGGAGACACUGCCCGUGGAUGAGGUCCAAGCUGGAGUGAUGUACCUUUUCCGCCGGUUCCUCAAGUGGAAGAUCCCAGAGCCCUUGAAUUUUCGCACAUCUGCUUGGUAUACGAAUGACAACUUCCGCGGUUCGUAUUCCUAUCGAUCCAUGGAUACGGAGCAGCUGGGCACCGGAGCCAGGGAACUUGCCCAUCCCCUGACUGUGGUGGCCACCACUCCCGAAAAGGAGAAGGAUUCGGAGGACGACGCUUGGCAGCAAAGUCGCUGCGAUAGACCCAUUGUCCAGUUUGCUGGAGAGGCAUCCAGUGAGCACUACUACUCCACGGUACAUGGAGCAGUCGAGGCCGGAUGGCGGGAGGCCAGACGUCUGGCACAAUUCUACGGACUAAGCUUGUCCCGUUCGGGAACCAAGUCGCAACUCUAGCUAUAAGGGGGGAUAUCGUGAUAUAUAGACGGCAGCGAUACCGAUACCUGGCCCAGUAAUAUGGGCAGAUGUGAAUUUAAAAUUCUGUCUUCGCACUAUACACAAAAACAAUCAAGAAAACUGAACAAUAUGUAUAUCCUGGAUAGACUUCAUACAUAUGCCUAAGCUACUAAUUUACACAUUUGCCAUAGGUUAACAUAGGUCACAGAUUAUACCUAAAGUGAGCAUGUCAAUAUGUCAACAAGUGUGCUGCCCAAUAAAAAGCUGUGUUUAAGUCUUCUCUACCCGAAAAUUAAUGUAAAAUACCUAAUCAAAGUUUAGCUUCUGAAUAGAUCUUCCCUUUAAAUCGCAUUUAAAAUAGGUUUUUAUUAAUUGUUCACUUGUUUUCAACAAUUUGUCACUACGUUUUGAUGAAAUCAGUUUUCGAAAUGAGACAUGUUACACAGAAUUUCACAUUGUAUCCAAUAUGCUCUAGUUAGUGAGUGAGUGUAUAUACAAUUGAGAUACAAUACGGUUAGCAUUAGGGUUACAGGGGGAUUAACUCGGUACAUUGAUUUCAACAACGUGUAAUAAAUACAUUUAUAAUUUAGUCCAUUUUUUGAACACAAAUAAAUUUUGUACAACAA